GCCAAAUGUCCAUAUCCGGAAAACAUCUCCAAUAUCCGUAUAUCAUGGUUUGAAUCGUCCGAGGUGAAGUGGACGUUGGCAUCAUGGACGGCUCAGGCGGCGAAGGCGUGAAGAAGCGGCGUAAAUGCGUCUCAAAGGCAGAUCGACUGGCCAAGAAAGCGCUUGCAGAUGCCUUGACAGAGGAGCAACGGUUUGAACGGAUGAAAACACUGGUUCAAAGCGCUCGUAGCGAAGAUUGGGAUGCUGCAAAUCGGCUAGUAGCCUCACAAGCAACCCAGGUCUUGUUCCUCACGAGUUUGCUGCAAAAAUAUCAAGGGCGAGCAGCUGCACACUACAUGAAGCGAUGGAGUCUUCCCCCCCCGUUCGAAUUGUCUGAUUUGUUGAAGACCCCAGCUCUCCUCAAAGUCUUGGACUCGCAUGCCACGGCUGCAGCCACGUUUCUCAACACGUGCGCAGGCAGCGGCGUUGUGCUGUCCCCGCAUACGUUGUACUUCAUUUUGAACCACUUUGUCCUCCCUUGGAUCGCCAGGGAUCUCGACGCGCCCCUUCAAAUAUUGCUCCAUAACUUUUCAUCCUUGAAGUGGCUCCUGCUCGAGCAUGCUCUGGUCACUGGCCAAGGGCGCCACUUGAUCAACCAAUACACAUACGUGUGCAAGGAACUGAAAAAGACAAAUGCGUCGCUGACGCCAUGGUGGUCCAACGAGCUCCACGAAGCAUCUUCCACCGACACGAGAGAACGAAUCCGACAGACCAUCGAAGUGUCCUUGACCCGCGUUUGGCCAGACGCAACAGUGCACUUGUUUGGAUCGUCCAAAACCAAACUCUGUCACGCCAACGAUGACGUCGAUCUGUGCGUUCUCGUGCCUUCCUGCGACGUCCACGGGGCAGACUUGGUGGACUUGUUGGUUGACAUGCAUGGCCACUUGUCCCUGUUUUUCCCUGACCCGGACGCUAUCGUCGUUCGGAAUGCUCGAAUUCCAGUCAUCAAGACGAAAGACGUUGAGAGCAAGCUGUGCGUCGACUUGUGCAUAAACAACAUGGCUGCCCUCUGGAACACGGCGCUCAUUGUGGCAUUUCUCCAGCGCUAUCCUAUCUUGGAGCCGCUAUGCAAAUGCAUUCGCCACUGGGCCAAAGCCCGCGCGUUGGUCGGGGCUUCGCACAUGCUGUCGAGUUAUUCGAUGGUUUUGCUUGUGAUUCACUGGCUUCAAGUUCGCGGGGUCGUGCCAUACGUGGAUGUUUCAUGCAGCCACUCGUUGGACGUGUCCGCCAUGGACGACACGAUUGCCCAAGCUUUUGACGACGCGGUGGUGCCGUCGGACGCUACCGACGGACUCCGGCCCGUGCCGGAACUCCUCAUGGACUUUUUCGUAUUUUGGGCGAGCGAGUUUCCGUAUGCGACCCGAAUUGCUAGUCUCCGUCGCGACGACCUGGUCAAAGAGGGCAAACACGCCAAUUCACCGAUUCUCUUCUUGGAAGACCCCAUCGAGACCACACGGAACCUUGGGUCGUACUUGAAUCGAGACACGCAGCGCCUCCUUCGCAACGAAAUGGUGCGGGUUUGUGUGUUGGUGCGGCAGUGGCAAAUCCAACCACCCCCGUCACUGCUUCUACAAAGCGUCCUGUUUGACGACUGUUCGUUGAAUCCACAAGCAACGGCGGUGUAUGCUCCGGACGCACUGCACGCGUGUAUCGUACGUCGCCGCUCUGCCCAUUCGCAGAGCUUUACCAUGACCGGGGAUGUUGUGUUUGGCGAACGCAGUCGGCUAGAGGUGGACGUGGUGGCGACCAACAACAACGAUGCCCGGGAUGUUGUUGCAAUGGCGUUCCGGCGAGGCAUCGUGGGCCUGGAUUGCGAAGGCGUCGCGCUCGGUCGCACGGGCAUGAUUUGCCUCGUGUCGCUAUCCGUUGGUAGUCGAGUGUUUCUGUUUGAUAUUUUGGCGAGUCCGAGUCUCAUGCAAGUGCUCAAACCACUCCUGGAAUGCCCGUCGACUCUCAAGGUCAUGCACGACUGCCGCAAAGACAGCGACGCGCUCUUUCACCAGUUUGGGAUUGUGCUGACUAACGUGUUCGACACUCAGGUCGGGUAUGCCAUGUGCCAGCUUCAGCGCGUCAACAAGGCAAAGGAAGCGACCAAGUGCUUGCCAAUAUCAAGUACCCUCGUGAUUCCUUUGGGGAAUGCCAACAGCGAAUGCAUCGCGUUUAGCGACUUGUUGUGGCAAUGCCUGUCCAUUUACGAGCCUGCCAAGCACGAAGUCAAAGCGUCCAUGACAAGUGCAACGUGGACCGUUCGUCCUCUGACAGCGCAAUUGAUGCACUAUGCUGCAGUGGAUGUCAUGUAUUUGCCAGUAUUGUAUCGCGUGCUGGUGAAGGCGCUCACCGCAGACAGCUUGGCGUUGACGCAGAAGCGCACGACCAAGUACUUGAGUUGUCGGGAAUGGACGUAUGCUGUCCCAGCCGCCACCGACCCCUCGUCACCUGCAGUGUCCAUUGGGCAGGUCGUCCCUGGCUUCAUCAACAACGUGACACAGAAGAACGUGUACGUCUCGAUCUCGCCCAACGUUGUUGCGGCCGUCGCCAUCUCGACUCCGACGCUUCCGAUUCCUGGGGAUGGCAUGUCGGCGCUGCAUGUGGGGGAUGCCGUGUCCAUGUGCAUUUCGUCGGUGGACGCGUCGGGGGCGGUCAUCGGCGAAUUCCACUCCCCCCCAUUGCUUCGUUGAAAAACCUUAGAUUCCUGAGUCAAGCAACUGUUACUCCUGGUCGCUCGCGAGCACUUCAUGCAACCCCCUUCGAUUGAGCAUUUGAUGUUUCUGCAGCAGCUGGCGCCGAUUUUGUUGCGGAUCCGAAAAGUUGAGUCGCGACCCGAGCACUUCGUCGCGAAUAUCUGUCUGGAGCGUCUUGAGGAUUGUGACCAUGGAUGGCCGUUCGGUGGGCAAGUCGGACAAGCACUGUUCGAUCAGCGCCCGCCGCCGGGGCGGACAUGUCGGCGGAAUGGUCGGUCGCAAUGUCCCCAUCGCGACUUGCAUCAUGAUAUCAAUUGUACGCAAGUCGUCGCAGUCAAAGUACGGAUCCCGCCGGGACUCGAGUUCGAUCAGGACAAUGCCAAAGCUGUAGCAAUCGACUUUGUUUUGG